AUGGCGCAAAAUGAUGUUUCUACGGGAAAGGGAAAUAGCAUUGGCAGACUGGAGAAGCAAGAGAGAACAAGCGGAUUGGGCUUUGCCAUCAACCCAGACGAAUUUCACGAAGGCGCUCUCAAUACGCUACACUCCCCAAAGAUGGGUCCAGGCCAAUAUAUCCUUCAGGAAGCUAUUACGCUCCUGCAGGAUACCCCACGAGGCUCAAACACUUACUACCGGAUCCCGGCUCACCUCGAUGUCCCGGGAAACGAACUAGCAGACGAACAUGUAAAACGAGCCACUAGCGGGCCACCAGAGAAGCAAUACGUCCCCCCGCCCCAAUGCUUCUCCGCAGUCACCCUCCGCUCUGCGCGUAGAGGGCUAGAUUAG